AUUGGCUAAAUGCAGGGACACGCGGCGUUCCCAGGACAACGAGUUUUCAAACAAGUGUGGAAACUCAGCGACAGCAGCUUUAAGGACAUGUCUGCACUUUUACUGUUUUCAUUUAAAGUCGUUCACACUGUACGAGUUUAAAUAUAUAAAAACGGGGGAAUUAUCCACAAACAUGAGCGGUUAUUGGUCCUACAGUCAGCAACAGGAACGGCUCAGGACCCAGCGGCAGAAUCAGGAGCAGCGGCGACAGGAAGAAGUCCAGCGUGUGGACAGAGAGCGAAAGCUGCUGGCCUGCCUCAAGGAGGAGGACAACUUUGAAAAGAGGAGAAACCUGAGACAGGUGCAGAAGCAGCUAUGGGAAACACACAGGGAGACAGUCAGGAUCCAGGCAGAGGAAGAAAGACUAAACAGAAUAAAGCAACAGGAACAUGAAGAGAAAGUGGCUAAAGAGUUGAGUCGCAUCAACUUUGAAAAGCAAAGAGAAGAGAAAAUGAAGCAACAGGUCAUUGAGAACAGUCUGGAGCUCAGAGAACUGAAGUCAAAACUGAAUUCUGCUUACAUGAACAAGGAGAGAGCUGCACAGAUCGCAGAGAAGGAAGCCAUUAGGUUUGAGACGAUGCGUGAGGAGGCAGACGUUGCUCGCCAACGGAAAAGUGAGCGAGAGCAAGCGCACAUGGAGCAGCAGAAGUUGGAACUGAAACGCCUGGAGGAGCAGGUGCAGUAUCAGCGAGAGCUGGAGCUGCAGCUCGUAGAGAAGGAGCGCAGGAGACAGGAGGCGUACGAAGAGUUCCUCAAAGAGAAGCUCCUGGUGGACGAGAUCGUCAGGAAGAUCCACGAGGAGGAUCAGAGGGAGAGGCAGCUGAAAAUGGAGAAGGUCAAAGCCACGAAGCAGCACGUUGAAGAGUUUAAGAAACAACAGGACGAGUGGCGGCGCAUGGAGCAAGAAAGGAUGGAAGCUGAGAACAGACGCAUCAUGGAGUUCGUGAGGCAGCAGCAGCUGUUAGAGGAGAGCAGAGUGGCCAAAAUCAGAGAGAGAGAGGAAGCCAAAGAGCAGCUCCAUAAAUUGCUCUCCAAAAAGAUUGAAGAGGAGAGGCAGCAGCGUGAAGAGAUGGAAAGAGUCCUGGAAGAACUUUAUUUUGAGGAACGAGAAGAAGCCAACAGGCUGAAGGACAUUGAGGAAAUGGAGAGGAAAAUUCGACAACGGUUAAAGAUGCAGCAAGACCAACAGGAUCAGCUGGCUUUUAAAGUGAUGCUACGUCAGGCAGAGAGGGAAGAGGAGGAGGCCUUUAGGAGAACCAUGAUGGCCAAGUUUGCAGAGGACGACCGGAUAGAGCAGAUGAACGCCCAGAAAAGGCGAAUGAAGCAACUGGAGCACAAACGAGCAGUGGAAAAAUUGUUAGAGGACAGAAGACGGCGGCGUCAGGCAGACAUGGAAGAGGAGGCUAAAGAAAAUGAGAGAGAACAGCAGAAGGAGGUGCAGCGGCGACAGAUCAUCGAGCAGGAGAGACAACAUCUUCUGAAGCGACAUGCUGCACAACUCCUGGGGUAUUUACCAAAGGGCUUGCUACAUGAAGAAGACCUGGAGCAUUUCGACGAGGACUUCAGGAAAAACUUCAAACCAAGUCAUGAUGAGGACGCCUCAGAAGACAGCUGGUUAGAUGAUGGCGGACUGCAGUGAAUAUUCAGUUUUCACAAAGUCUGACCUAGAGAUUAAGAACUCCAUGUUUGUGAAUGAGAACAGCUUCAUUAGGUCAAUGAGGCUUCAUGAAAGGGAGAGAAUUUCCCAUUUCUUCUUAAAAGUAUAGUUCCACAAUAACAACUCUACAUCAACUGUACAUGUAGAUUAUCCUACCUGUGGUGUUCGUCACUACCCUUACUAUAAAAAUAUGUAUUUUAAAAUUGACUAUGUAUUUUUAAAUUAUAAUUGAAAACAUAUAAGACUUGUGAUCACCCUGACUGUUUUUCUGUUACGUUGAUUCUCCC